UGGCAGCUAACCUACAGCGGAUAACACAGAGAGUUCUUACAAGGAAGAAGUUUGAUGCAAUAGUUGUAGGUGGUGGUCACAAUGGACUUAUUGCAGCAACGUACCUUCAAAAGAGUGGUCUGGACACAGUGGUCCUUGAAAAGCGCCAUUUAGUUGGUGGAGCUGCUGUUACAGAGGAGAUUGUUCCAGGUUACAAGUUUUCCCGUUGUUCUUACGUUCUGGCACUUCUCAGACCGGAUAUCAUCAGAGACCUUGAACUUGUGAAACAUGGUCUGAAGUGGUAUUACAGAGAGCACGGCUCCUUCACUCCGCUGAUAGACUCUGACAGAUCACUGAUCAUGUCAUCUGAUCCGGUAUUCACUAAAGAUCAGAUCGCUCAGUUCUCUAAAAGUGAUGCUCAGAACUUCCACCCCUACGAGGACUGGUUGUCUAAAUAUGCGAGACACAUGGAGAAAUUACUGGAUAUUAUACCGCCCGGAGAGUCUAAACUAAGUUAUCUCAGAAUGUUGUCUGCAAGGGGGCUGCUACCGGAUCUGCACGAGUUUUUAGACCUGUUGACUUCACCAGCCACUAAAAUACUGGACAGGUGGUUUGAAAGUGAACCUUUGCGGGCCACCCUCGCUACCGACUCAGUUAUAGGUGCAUGGCACGGACCCUCGACCCUGGGCAGCUCGUACGUGCUGCUACAUCACGUGAUGGGAGGUAUUGGGGAGAGGGAGGGAGCGUGGGGCUACGUGGAGGGCGGCAUGGGUAAUGUGUCUAAUGCUAUCGCUAGAUCAGCUCUGGAGGCAGGCGCUACCAUCAAGACUGAUGCAGGAGUUGAACAGAUAAAUGUUAACGAUAACAAAGUGUGUGGUGUUACUCUGCACGAUGGUACAGUUAUUGAGAGUAACAUCGUUCUUUCAAACGCGACACCAAAGGUGACGUUCCAGGAUAUUCUCGACUCGAGCCUCCUUCCAAAGGAAUACAUGUCCCAUAUCAAGACCAUUGAUUACACCUCACCAGUCUUCAAACUUAAUGUUGCGAUGGACAAGAUCCCCACAUUUAGAGGCCACGCUAACGGCCCUGGUGAGACGGCCGGUCCUCAACAUCAGGGAACUAUACAUCUCAACUCAGAAACUACUGGCAUGGUGGAUAGGGCCUUCUCUGACGCUUGCCAGGGCUUACCUAGUGACCGACCUAUUCUGGAGAUGACGAUACCGUCCUCAGUAGACCCAACUCUGGCCCCUGAGGGGCACCACGUUGCCAGCUUCUUCAUCCAAUACGUCCCCUUCUCUCCUGCUGAAGGAGAAUGGACCGAAGAGAGGAAAGACAACUUCGUAAAGAAAGUGUUCUCACAAGUAGACGAGUACGCGCCCGGUUUCUCAGACAGUGUGGUGGGGUACGACGCUUUGGCCCCUCCUGAUCUGGAGCGCAUAUUCGGACUAACCGGAGGUAACAUAUACCAGGGCUCUAUGGGGCUAGACCAGCUGUUCACCCAGAGACCCACCUACCUGACCCCAGCCUACACUACACCAGUAAACGGUCUCUACCUCUGCGGUGCGAGCACUCAUCCAGGUGGCGGUGUACUUGGGGCUCCAGGUAGGAACUGCUCUAAGGUUGUCCUUCAAAACAGGCGCAAAUAAGGAAACCGGGAUUGUAACAGCAAAAUUAUUGUAAAGAAACGUAUUACUUCGUUGAAACUUUUUAAUUACACUUGAAUUAUGUAUUACUGUUUGAAUAUCAGAAGAGUUGACACGUUGUGAUUCCGUAUUUUAGGAAGGCCUUUCGCCAUGUUUAAUUUCACAGAUUUGAACAGUUUUUUGUGGGUUUUGUUAAUAAUUAUAUAUAAUUAUAUCUACUAAAGCGCGCUAAAUUG